AUGCGUCUUGACUCGCAGCCUAAAGCCUCGGUCUUCUGCCUUCUUCUCAAACGCGCAAAAAGCAUCCCACUGGAGCCUGGUGCGACUCUGGAUAUCCCAAUCUCCUUUGCGCCAGACACCAUGCAGAUGUACGAGGCUACAGUAACAGUGACCAUUCACAAAGAAGACCCUGAGAACUCUUGGAAAGGCGAUUAUCCGAGCAUGAUGAGCACCCGUAUGGUCAAUGACCUUCACUGGAUAUUUCCCGUUAGGGGGAUCCCCGAGUCCUAUCCCAUCAAGGCGUCCCAGGCCCCUUGUGUAGAGUGUAAGGCCCGGAGCCGCGUGGAAGAGAGGAUAGAGGUGACACUGACGGGGUUGGCCCCUAAUACCGCGGGCUCCGGCUUAGGGCGGUAUCCAAGUAUUACUCCGAUUAAUUUGCUGGGACGUCAUGUGCCUGGAGAAAUGGAAUAUGGAGUUGAUUACUUGAACGUGCCAGAAGAAUUUAGGUAAUUAUAUCUCUUCAUAACAAAUAUAGCGUCAUCUUCUUUAUUAACCCUUUCACUCCUAGAAAUUUUGUCCAAGCUAGUCGAGAGGUUUUCUGUACAACUAUCAGGCCAAAAGAAACAAAACCUACCCAAAACACUGUUUGUACAUCAAUCACUUCGACGUUUUCUGUCCUUAAGCCAAAAUAUCAGCUUUGAAAGUUCAGGCAUGGACGGAAUUUGAUUUUUAUCUUUCGCGUUUCUUAUUCGUAUCCCUUCCUAUUUUUUCCUUCCUUGGAAUUUUACUUGGCUUCAUUUCUUUCUGUAGGAAACGUUUUUUGGAAAACUUGUAGGGUCGUAAGAGGGUAGUGGUUCAAGAUUUCCAUUGGUCAACUCAACAUGGGUUUUAACCUUUCUUCUCCAGCCUGUUGUCUUUGCAACCCGUAAACAGGUUACAAGCAAAUCAGAGCAUGAUAUUGUAAAAACUUGUAAGAUAGGUUAAGCCACGUAAUAUCCUUAGUAAUAUCAUAGCUGACGAAUUACUCCUUAAUUUUGGUGCGAAAUUUCAGCGUUAAUUUGUAAUUUCACAUGUGAAAUUACAAAAUUGCCAUGGCAACCCUUCCGUACGUCUCAGUGUCAAGAUGGCGACGAAGUUUUAAAAUGCCGUGAAUGAAGAUGUCAGGGCACAAAAAGACGCUUUAGAAAACCUGAACACACAAGAGAACAUCAAGAAGGAUUCUAAUAGGUAUUUUGCCACAAAAAGUCUGAAAAAUUCUGAACUUUAUAAGCCAAAUUUAAGGUCUAAACAUUUGAUUGCCUGCGUGCAGACGUCUCCUAUUUCCUUUGUUUCACGCGGAAAAGGGACGUCUGCGUAAUGCCGUCGUUAAUCGUGUUCCAGCGUCCUGCUGGGUUCCCAAGAUCUUGGGAACACGCUGCGAUAGGCUGACACACAGUGCGCAUUGUUUGACUUAACGCUGAUUGGUUGUUAUCGAAUGUGGUCUGAUAAUGUAUGCGGUGAUUUAAGUGAUUUAUGUAAGCGGGGUUUUCUAACCAAAACAAAUCAAAACAUGUGCGAUUGUAUGCUGUGUUUUUCGUCGAUCGAAAAGCAGAGCGAUCGAAAUCUUGUGCGGGGACGCGGAAAAUUUAACGUGUACGAGGAAAUUAUUUCUUUACAAUUUACUGUGCAUGACACAUCACAUCAUAUUUGUAAACAGUGUCUGAGAAAACUACAAAAGCGGCGUGGACUUCGCACCAGGCAGGCAUUUCGGAGAAAGCCAGCCAAAGAAACUAAAAUCUUUAUUUAGCCGUAACAAACAGAGGUCAAGAAAAUUUAAACACUUUACAACUGCAUCUGAAAUCAAAUCCUAUCGGGAACACCCACAGAAGCAUAAACCACAGGAAAUGAUUACUCAGUAUGCAUGUAACAAACCUGCUUCAUGACCUCUAAAUGUAAGACUUAGCGCGGCAAAAAUGAGAUUUACUCAGUCAAAGGUUAGAAUGCUACAUGCACUGUGUAGUGCUAGUAAUCUUCGCGCGAGAGAGAAAAGAAGAAAAACCUCUGUUCAAGCAGACUCUCAAGGUCACGUUUCGCCCGUAUCACGAGCUUAUGAUGUUUUGUUUGGCCUGUCAACUCUUAUUUCUAACCGGAUAUUAUUUCACAAUUUAUGCGAAAUAGAAUACCCUGCCAGCGGGACGCUGGAACACGAUUAGCGACGGCGUUACGCAGACGUCCCUUUCCCGCGUGCAACAAAGGAAAUAGGAGACGUCUGCACGCAGGCAAAACAUUUGAGAGAGUGGAGUUCUCGAUCGAUACGAUCCAGGAUAAACAUGUCAAAAAACCAAGAUUGCUAACGUAAUUCGUCACCCAUGAUAUUAAUAGAUAAUCAAAUGGUAUACUCGUAAAAUUAGGGAAUAAUUUCAUUUGCGUUUUGUCCAAAUCCUAAUAAUUUACCUCGCCUGAAGGCUCGGGAAAUUAUUAGGAUUUGGACAAACGCGCGUGAAAUUAUUCCCUAAUUUCACUCGUCACCAUUUGAUUACACAUACAAAUUCACAAUGAUCCCUAGAAAUUUACAAUCUUUAUUUAUGCUUCAGAUACGAACUCAUUUUUGAAGACGCCGAAAGCCAAUCCUGUCUGGAGAGGUCAUUGGGUGUAAGUCUGUUAAGAAAGAUGAAAAAUCAAGUUUCUGGGGUAGUCAUUCUCUUGUUUAACUUCGUGUUUUCACCAUUCAAGCCGUUCAGGUAA